AAAUUCCUAAUCAACAAUUGAAAUGUGACCAAAAGAAGAAAGUAACUUACAUCAGUUGAAAAAAGACUCCAUUAUUGUCUUUGCAUUUUCUGGGAAUAAUUUCACUACUUUUACCUCUUUCUCUCUUCAGUCAACAUCCAUUUGACUUAUCUUUGAAUAAUAACAUACAUAACCCUUCCCUGGUUGUGAUUUGUGAAUCCCUUCCUCUUUUACUGUGUCAUAGCAGAAAAAAAAACAAGUUUUUAUCUUUCUCUUUUCUGGGUUUUCCACAUUUUUUUUUGUCUAGGUUGUCCUAUAUCUUUGUUGAAGAAAGACAAAAUGUUGAUUUUCACAUUAAUGGAGUUCUUCUACAGAUUCAAGAUCUGAACUUUGGGUUUUUGCCCAUCUGACAUGGAGUUGAAGAAGGAAAAGAUAGUAAGGUUCUAUUCUGGUGGGAAAAAGGACCCAAGUGUUGUACUGCCAAAAACAGACCCUACAAAAUUAGAGAAGUCAUCUUCUACUUAUAAGCUUUCAUCAAUCUAUAUUAAUGAUGGUGGUACUAUAGGGGCUAGUGGUAGAUUAGGAGAACCAUAUAAGUACGGUAAGCCGAAGGUUUUACCGGAGGAGGAGGGGGAGUCAUGGAGGAAGAAGAUACUAGACCCAGGGAGUGAAAUUGUGCUGAAAUGGAACAAGGUUUUCAUUGUUUCAUGCUUGUUGGCUCUAUUUAUCGACCCGCUGUACUUCUAUCUGCCUGGGAUAGCUGGGGAUCGGAAGACUUCUUGUGUGAAAACCGACUUGCAUUUGCAAAUUGUUGUCACCCUCUGGCGGACCGUUGCAGAUCUCUUUUACCUUUUGCACUUGAUUAUCAAAUUCAGAACAGCUUAUGUAGCUCCCAGUUCUCGGGUCUUUGGAAGGGGUGAGCUUGUGAGGGACCCUGGCAUGAUUGCAAGGAGGUACAUAAAAUCUGAUUUCUUCAUCGAUCUCAUUGCCACAUUGCCUCUGCCCCAGAUUGUAAUCUGGUUCAUCAUACCUGCAUCGAGAAGUCCGAGAACAGAUCACAAUAACAAUGCUCUUGCGCUUAUUGUUUUGCUUCAGUAUAUUCCUCGAUUAUAUCUGAUUUUUCCAUUGAGUUCUGAAAUCAUAAAGGCCACUGGAGUUGUCACAAAGACUGCAUGGGCGGGUGCAGCAUACAAUCUGCUUCUGUAUAUCUUGGCUAGCCAUGUUUUGGGAGCAGCAUGGUAUUUACUAUCAAUUGAGAGGUAUACACAUUGUUGGAAGGCCUUCUGCAAACAAGAAAAAGGCCCUCCGAAAUGUGACCUUCAUUUUUUAGAUUGUGAUAUCUUCAACAGAGCAGAUCGUGUGGCUUGGGCUAACUCAACAACUGUAUUCAGCAACUGCGAUCCAAAACAAAGUGAUAGCUUUCCAUAUGGAAUUUUUGCAGAUGCAGCAAAAAAGAAUGUUGUCUCUUCCAAUUUUGUCCGGAAGUACUUCUAUUGUUUAUGGUGGGGGUUGCAACAAUUAAGCUCUUAUGGGCAGAAUCUAGAUACAAGCACUUUCAUAGGGGAGACUUCAUUUGCCAUACUCAUUGCAAUCUUGGGUCUUGUUUUAUUCGCACAUUUGAUUGGUAAUAUGCAGACUUAUCUUCAAUCUAUCACUGUGAGGCUUGAAGAGUGGAGACUCAAGCGAAGAGAUACUGAAGAGUGGAUGAGGCAUAGGCAACUUCCUGAAGAUCAGAAACAGCGUGUGAGACGCUUUGUACAGUACAAAUGGCUUGCAACUCGGGGAGUAGACGAAGAGACAAUUCUGACUAGCUUACCUACUGACCUUCGUAGAGACAUUCAGCGCCACCUGUGCUUGGACCUUGUCCGAAGGGUUCCGUUCUUCUCACAAAUGGAUGAUCAGCUACUAGAUGCUAUAUGUGAACGUCUUGUAUCCUCAUUAUGCACGGAGGGCACAUAUAUUGUUCGGGAGGGUGAUCCUGUGACUGAGAUGCUUUUCAUUAUUAGAGGGAGAUUGGAGAGUUCAACCACAAAUGGUGGCCGGACUGGUUUUUUCAACUCGAUCACUUUGAAACCUGGAGACUUUUGUGGUGAAGAGUUGCUCGGUUGGGCCCUUCAUCCAAAAUCCUCCCUCAAUCUACCUUCAUCAACCAGAACUGUGAGAGCGCUUGUUGAAGUGGAAUCCUUUGCCCUUAGAGCAGAAGAUCUCAAGUUUGUAGCCAAUCAAUUUAGACGGCUUCACAGCAAGAAACUUCAGCACACAUUCCGGUUCUACUCUCAUCAUUGGAGGACAUGGGCUGCCUGCUUUAUACAGGCUGCUUGGCGACGAUACAAAAGGAGAAAGAUCACGAAAUGUCUCUCCUCCUUGGAAUCCUUCACAUCUGAGAGAGAUGAUGAUGAAACUAGGGAGGAAGAAGAACCGCUUUGUCCAACUCCUCGGGCUAAAUCAACCCUGGCAGUGACAUUAUUGGCUUCGAAGUUUGCAGCAAACACUAGGCGAGGGGCUCAGAAGAUAAAGUUGCAGAAGCCUGAAGAGCCUGAUUUUUCUGCUGACCCUGAUGAUGAUUGAGCACAUACCAAAUAUCCUAUAUGUAUUUUUUUGAGGGGUCCUAUAUGUAUAGUGAUGGUUAUUACUUAAGUUUCUUAAUGCUAGACGGCAAAAGAAAAGCCAUGAAAGUCCACGCCGAUGUUCUUCUGUGCGCAAAAUGCUGGAAUUUUCUCUUGGCCAUCCAUCAGCUGCUUGCUCUUGCAUUGUUUUGCUUCUGACUUAUCUGCUGAUGCACAUGAGAGUUGUUUCCAUGAAGUGUUGAGGGGAACAAAGUAAUGUCGACAUGCAGUUCGUGGAUUUUUCUAGCUGGCUUGUACUCUGGGUUGCAAAACAGAACUCAAUGCAAUGAAAUCGGAGAAUAUGAAUCCAGAUUAUUCACUGCCUAUUUUGUCACUGAAAUAUGACAAUCAUAUAUAGAUGUACACUAAGACCACGAGGGCAUAAUAACAGAUCAUUGUUCUUUUUUUGUUGCUUCUCUUGGUUAUUUUUUUGACAAAACCAUGGUCCACAUAUAUAGUCAAGUCAUGAGCAUGUAUCUCAGAACAAUUUCCAUAGAUUAGGGAAUAAUUAUGGGGUUUACAGGAUAAUUGAUAAAAUUAUUCUUACUAA